GUAUAUGUCAGCCAAUCACAGCGCAGUGGGCGGGACUAAUAUGAAACAGCGGAAGAUUCAAACAGGACGAUGGCGGCUGAGAAAGAUCCUCACAACAAUCACAAACUGAGCAGAAGUGUGUUUCUGAGCCAGGAGAAGCCCAGCUCGCCUGUGAUCUUUAACCCUGACUUCUUUGUGGAGAGGCUGAGACAUGAGCAUCCGCAGGCCUUCGCGGAUUUGGUGCUUAGCAACAUCACGCGACUCAUAGACCUUCCAGGGGAUGAGUUUGCACAGCUCACGGGAGAGGCUGGGGCCAAGGUGCCCUCCACCACCGGCUUUCUACGCUCCCUCAACUUCCUGAAACGGAAAGACAAAGGAGUGGUUUUUGGUGCACCAUUAACUGAAGAAGGAAUAGCCCAGAUCUAUCAGCUCAUUGAGUACCUGAGUAAAAACCUUCACGUGGAGGGGUUGUUCCGUGUGCCAGGCCACAGCCUAAGGCAGGCAGCCCUGAGGGAGAUGCUGAAUGCUGGGGCAGAGAUAGAUCUAGAGACAGGAGACUUCCACCCCAAUGAUGCGGCCACAUUGCUCAAAACCUACCUGGGAGAGCUGCCAGAGCCUCUGCUCACGCACAGACACUAUCAUGCUCACCUGAAGAUUGGAGAGCUGACUCGCUUUGACGAUAAAGGGGACAAGUCGAAUGUGCCUGACAAGGAACGCCAGGUUGAGGCAUUUCAGCUGCUCUUCAUGCUGCUGCCACCAGCCAACCGCAGUCUGUUGAAGCUGCUGCUGGACCUGCUGUACCACACUGCUCGAAAUCAGCGCGUCAACAAGAUGUCUGCCAUCAAUCUAGCCACGAUGUUUGCUCCACACAUCAUCUGGCCCAAAAAUGUGAUGGCCAGUGAUCUGCAGGGAAACAUCGAGCAACUGAAUAAUGGCGUAGCGUUCCUCAUCAGGCACUCGCAGAAACUGUUCAAGGCUCCUACAUACAUCAAAGAAUAUACCCGCUUGUACUUCACAGGAUCAAAAACGCUUCAAUCCAAGGAUGACUUGACGCUCUGCUCUGGGACUAAAGAUGGGCCCAUAUCAGCGGUAACAGCUGCCUCCCCUUCUCCCUCCAUGAGAACAAUCGGAGGUGAGGUCAGCGGCACCUCCACCAGCAAGUCAUCUGAGACUUACACUGAAUCUGCCCUCAAAGAGCUGUACCAGCAGGUCAACAACAUGCCCGAGUCUGCCAAAAAGAAGAAGCUCAUCAGACAGUUUGAUAAGCAGCCUUUGCUGACACCUACGGCUGACUCUCGGACCCCCUUCAGCAGGAAACAUUGGCGCUCACGCUCUUUGGGUGGAAUUAUCAAGAGGAGGGUGUUGGGAAGCCAAAUAUCAACAGAGAAAGAAAACAGCAGACUGCAGAGUCCUCCACCCAGCGCUACAUCGAUGGCCAGGGAAGAGAAAACGCAAGCUGUGGAGGAGUGA